AUGGAAUCCCUUCAGAACCAGAGCCGUGUUCCUCCGGUGUUCAUCCUGACGGGCAUCCCAGGAUUAGAAGCCGGAAGCGCCUGGAUCACCGUCCUUUUCUGCUCCAUGUACGCUGUGGCCAUUUUGGGAAAUGGCGUCGUUCUCCUUGUGGUUGCGAAGGAUCACAGCCUGCACAAGCCCAUGUACCUUUUCCUCUCCAUGCUGGCUGGGAGUGAACUAGGGAUCUCUCUCUCUUCUGUUCCUACGGUGCUGAGCGUCUUCCUGUUUGAUGCCAGGGAGAUUGGGAUGGACGCCUGCCUUGCCCAGAUGUUCUUCAUCCACUGCUUCUCCAUCAUGGACUCAGGAGUCCUCUGGGCCAUGGCCUUGGACCGCUUCGUAGCCAUCUACAACCCCCUCCAGUACGGCACCAUCCUGACCAACUCCAGGAUCGCGAUGAUGGGUUUGGGGCUCGCGGUGAGGAGCAUCGUCCUAAUGACCCCGUUGCCCGUUCUCCUUCGGGGGCUGCCCUUUUGCAGGCCCAACAUUCUCACUCACCCCUACUGUCUACAUUCCAACUUAAUCCGGCUUCCCUGUGCCGACAUCACAGUCAACAGCCGGUGUGGCUUGUUCGUCGUCCUCUCUUCUUUUGGGCUCGAUUCUUUAUUUAUUGUCCUCUCCUACGUCAUGAUUCUGAGGACCGUGCUGAGCAUGGCUUCAAAGGAAGGGCGCCUGAGGGCCCUGAACACGUGUGUCUCCCACCUCUGUGCUGUGGUGGUGUAUUACAUCCCGAUGAUCGGCGUGUCCAUGGCGCAUCGUUUCGGCAAACAUGCUCCCCCUCUUCUGCACGCCCUCAUGGCCAACAUCUACCUCCUGGUUCCGCCAGUGUUGAACCCUGUCAUCUACAGCAUGAAGACCAAGGAGAUCCGCAAAGCCCUCGGGAAGUUUUUCUCUUUAAAAAGCUUUUUGUAA